UCUCCAUCAGUCUAUCACAUGACAGGUAUGCAGCCCCCGCCUGCCUCAGCACAAACUCACAGAAUGAACACCGGCGGCGGCGCAGCCCCCACUGGGUGUUACAAGUGUGGCCGUCCGGGUCAUUGGUCUCGUGACUGCCCUUCCAAUCCCACUUCCGUCAACGGGGAACAUCCAAAUCCGCCUAUUUCCUCCAAUCCCGAGUUCAAUUCCAAUACAGCAUCAAGGUCGCAUCUCCCGACUCAGAAGCCGAAGCCGAAGCCAAAGCCGCCGAGGAGAACAAGGCCAAAGCUGACACCAGACCUUCUCCUUUCUGACGCCGGCAUCGGACAUAUCCUCCGAUACUUCCCCAAAGCCUUAAAGUGUCGCGGCCGUGGCCACGAGGUUAAUGACUUGCAGCACCUACUGCACCUGUAUGCUGAGUGGCACUCACGUUUACUUCCGUAUUACAACUUUGACCAAUUCAUACACAAGGUGGAACAAGUGGCUACAACAAAGCGUUUCAAGGUAUGUCUUAGAAAUCUACAAGAGAAAGUUGCCACUGGAGAGGACCCUACCAAGCUGCAUGAGCCUCAAGAUCAGCAAACCUCAUUUGAUGAACAAGGUGCUUCUGGGAGCCGGGACAUUCCGAGUCAUCUGAACGAAGGCAUGAUUGAUUCUCAAGAAGACAUGGCUCGAGACAUUUGGGAGGCAGCAGUUGCUGACACUAGUACUCGUGAGCCAUUGCAUCCUGUAGAUACUGCUACUGCUACUGAUACUGAUACAUUGAGAGAUGCUCCGGAACAACGAAUAGACAACAAUGCCGGUGCUUCUAGUCAAAGUCAGAUGUCAGAAGAACAGAAGGCUCGCAUGGAGGCCAACAAGUUGAAAGCAUUAGAGAGAGCUGCAGCAAGGUCCCGUGCAGCACGUGCCUGUGUCUCCUCCUCCUCCUCGUAGGAUCUUUCCUUUUGUGAUAUUCAGUUAGUUAACAACUAUCACUAUCAUUGAGCCAUGGUUUAUGAUAUUAGCACAGCCUUCAGGCUUUGUGUAGUCUUGAGGAAAAAUGAAGUAGUAA